CUACUGUUGUAGCUUAUUGAAAGAACAGCUUUCUGAAUUAAGACGUUUCGAAACCGAAUAAUCUUGCCAAAGUUUUAGCGCAAUCCAGUCGCCCGCCUCCUCUCAUGCUUUCCAAAACAACACAAACGCCUGUAAGACAUCUGCAAAACAUUUGUGAAGUCCAAGAUAAGAGGUCGUCGCCCAAACGCUGCGCCAUUCAGCGGUGCUGCUCCAACUCCAAGCUGCAGCCUGACAUCAUUACAGCAUCUUUGAAGCAUUUCAUCAUGGAACGAACUCAAAGUCUCCGCUUGGUGUUUUGCCUUCUGUUGCUGAUCCAAUGCACAUUCUCACAGACAACAGAAAAGAAGAGAAGCACAAAGAAAGACUCGACCAAUGCUGCAAUUGAGGAACUCAAGAAACAAAUUGAAGACAUUGUUAAUGACCUGAACUUAUUGAAAGAGCAGCAAUCUCUGCAGUCAAUGUGUCUUCGUGGAACAAAGGUCCCAGGCAAGUGUUUACUCGCCGAUCCGGUCAAGAAGAAUUUCCACGCCGCUAGUGACGACUGUGUCGCCAAAGGGGGCAGCCUGAGUACACCCCUGAGAGGCGAUGAAAAUGACCAGCUUUACGCCUACGUGCGGCAGAGCAUCAGCCCGGAGGAGUCCAUCUGGCUGGGGAUCAAUGACAUGGUGACUGAAGGCCAGUGGUUGGACCAAUCGGGGUCCAGCUUGCGCUUCAAGAACUGGGAGACCGAGAUCACCAUGCAGCCGGACGGCGGGCGCAGCCAGAACUGCGGCGUGUUGGCCACCACGGCCAACGGGAAAUGGUUUGAUGAGAGUUGCCGAGGUGAGAAGGCUUCCGUGUGUGAGUUUAACAUUGUGUGAGCAGAAUUGCCUUUAAAAUGCCAUUUGAGUAUAACCAUCAUCAUGUAAUGUUUCAAAAUAAUGCACUAACCACUUCCUCAUUUACAACAGUAGUCACAAAAUCGUUUUCAUUUUACUGUGUAGAAUUUACACUGCAUUUAUUGUCAAAGCAGAAAACAAAAGAAAUAAUUUACUGGCAGAUUUCGUGGUAAACACCAUUGGAUUUCUAUCCUUAAAACAUCAGCUAAUAAACCAAAAUACAUACAACAACAAACUUCUCCAUGUCAUUUCUGUGCACUGCUCGGGACAAAAAUUCAGCAUCAAACGAAAUAUUUUCGUCUCCAGAGCAGUCAUGGAAAAGAUAAGACCAACAAGCAUUUCUUGAGGAAUUGAACUCAACACUGCUUUGGCCUGUGAGCUCAGAAAAGUGAAACAUUCGAGUAGGAAGAGAAAUGUUUGGAAAACACAAACCACAAAAACAAAUGAGAAGCGGUGAAUACAGUACUUGUAAACUGUGAGCUGGUUGCAGAGUGAGUGUGUGUGUGUGUGUGGGGGGGGGGGGUUAAGAGCCAAAAUGAUCACAAACUAUCAAACAUCUGCUGGGGGCUAUAUUUUCUGUUACACAUCACCGAGUCUAAAUUCUGAGUCACAAAAGCAGAUGAAGAGGUACAAAGGGAUUGCGUAAACUUUUCCACCAUCCAAAUAAAAUGACCUCACAAUUAUUCAUUCACCCAGAGGAGGCCUACGUCAGAUUAUGAAAUUAAUUUCUUCAAACAUCUUCAAACAUUGUCAGACAUUUGGGAUUAUAGUAAAGUGACUUUCAGGCAUUACUUUGGGAUAUAAAAAUCGUGUUGGGGGUACACAGUGCACGUAUUAGUCCAAGCCAAGUUAAAGUUUGUGUAAAUGUCUUUAAUUCUAAAAGAUGAGAAGAAACUCACACAAAAAGUUGACUGUAAAAUGUUACGGCCGCACGUCUUGAGUCUUUAAAAGUGUGUUAUCUGUCUUCCACCCAAAAUCAGCUUGUGAGUUUUAAAGGAAUGUGUUCCAUUUCUGUUAAGUAAGCGGUGAUUCAGUUCUGAUUUCACAAGAGAAGCACUGCCAAGACAAAAGCAGGCAGCAGCAGUCAAGUCUGAGCACGUCUAGUUUGUGAAUUUGGUGCAAAAACCCAUGCGGGAAGAACAAGGUCUCAAGCAAUCCAGGAAUGAAGAUCUCCAAGUUAAA